AUGGUGUUUAUAAAGAAAAAAGUGAUAUUAAAAAUUUUGCUAUUGGUACCGGUUGUUUGGUUUUGCUCGUUGAUUUAUUUUGCAGCAACAUCAUCGAAUAAUAAUAUAAAUAGUAAUAAUGUGAGUUUUUAUUGUUUUUUAUGGUUAUUUGGGGGUGUAAAAAUGAUGAUUGAAUUAGGGCGAAAUUGAGAGAAGAAAAUAGAAAAAAAAUGCUAAUUUUGAAUUAGAAUGAUUAUAAUCAGAUCACACCUCGGCUAAUCUUUUCUGGGAGAGCAAAAUGUUUGAUAUACAAAUUCAAAAUUAUAUAUAAUUCAAAAUUUAAAGUUCCCUGGAGAUGUUCAAAAGUUACAAUAACAAAUUGCAGGGUUUUAAUUUGUGGAAAAAUUUUAAAGCAAACCCCAAAAAUUUCGAAGUUCUGGUGUCUGAAAAAUUUAAUUUUUCGGAGUUCAAAAAAUCGAAAUGGUCGAAACUUCUAAUACACUGGGUUCCCGCUUUGAAUUAAUCUAACCUUUUUAAAUGAUGAAAAUCUAUAAAUAAUUGUUGGUCAAUAUUUAAAAAAAACAAAAUUUUUUUUAUAGAUUGACAAUGAUAUACGUGCUCAAGCAGCUUUACAACAUCAAAAUGCAAAUCCAAAACAUUUACCACAACAACAACCAACAGUAAUACAAGGUUUUGGACGGCCUCUACCUCCUGCGGAACCCGAAAAAACUGAAGAAGAAGCAGAAGAAGAGCCGAAAAAAGCUGUUGAAGAAGAAAAUGAUAUUGGAGGAAAUAUUGCAAAACCCAAAUUUGUCGUUGAUCCAAAUGAUCCAAUUUAUAAAAAAGGCGAUAAAACACAAGCUGGAGAACUUGGAAAAGCUGUGAACAUUGAUAAAAAUGUACGGUUUUCUGGGGUAUUUUUUCAAGUAUUGGGUUGUUUUUUCAGAAAUUAUCGUUUGAGGAGAAAAAGAUUUUCGACAAAGGAAUGUUGAAUAAUGCAUUCAAUCAAUAUGCUUCUGAUAUGAUUUCGGUGCAUAGAAGUUUGCCCGAAAAUGUUGAUGCUGAGUGGGUUUUUUUUCAGAAGAAUUAAGGGGAGGGGGGAGGGGAUUUGGUAGUUUUCUUAUGAAAUUUGGGGAUUUUUGACACCCAUAUUCGUGUGGUUUUGUCGAAACUGUGAAAAAUCAAAAAAAAAAUCACCUUGAGAAUUUUCGAAAUUUGUCAGAACUCCUCUAAUUUGAACGAGAAGCAAAAAAAUGCCGGAAAGUCCUAUGGAAACCUUUUUCAAAUUCAAAAAAUUCCGUUCAUCAAUUUUUUCAUUUACAUCAACAUUUUGCUUUUUUCCAGAUGCAAAACUGAAAAAUACAAUUCAAAUUUGCCGGCCACUUCUGUAAUUGUCUGUUUUCAUAAUGAAGCAUGGAGUGUUCUUCUUCGAACAGUUCAUUCAGUUUUAGAAAGAACACCAGAUAAUUUAUUGACUGAAAUCAUAUUAGUCGAUGAUUUUUCGGAUAUGGAACACACAAAAACGCCAUUAGAAGAAUAUAUGUCACAAUUUAAUGGAAAAGUUCGAAUUUUGCGAAUGGAAAAAAGAGAAGGAUUAAUUCGAGCAAGAUUACGAGGAGCUGCAAUUGCAAAAGGAGAAGUAUUAACAUAUUUAGAUUCACAUUGUGAAUGUAUGGAAGGAUGGAUUGAACCAUUAUUAGAUCGAAUUAAAAGAGAUCCAACAACUGUUGUUUGUCCAGUUAUUGAUGUAAUUGAUGAUAAUACAUUUGAAUAUCAUUAUUCAAAAGCAUAUUUUACAAAUGUUGGUGGUUUUGAUUGGGGAUUACAAUUUAAUUGGCAUUCAAUUCCUGAAAGAGAUCGAAAAAAUCGAACACGAGCUAUUGAUCCGGUUCGAAGUCCAACAAUGGCUGGUGGAUUAUUUUCGAUUGAUCGAAAAUAUUUUGAAAAAUUAGGAACUUAUGAUCCUGGUUUUGAUAUUUGGGGAGGCGAAAAUUUGGAAUUAUCAUUCAAAAUUUGGAUGUGUGGAGGAACACUUGAAAUAGUUCCAUGUUCUCAUGUUGGACAUGUUUUCCGAAAAAGAUCACCUUAUAAAUGGAGAACUGGUGUGAAUGUUUUGAAAAGGAAUUCGAUUCGAUUGGCUGAAGUUUGGUUGGAUGAAUAUAAACAAUAUUAUUAUGAAAGAAUUAAUAAUCAAUUGGUAAGAGUUUUUGAGCGGGUAGAGAGGGGUUUGAACUGAAAAACUUUAUUGAAAAUUCCAGAUAUUUUUUAAAAUGUUUGAAUUUGAAAUUCGUUUUUUGAAAGUUUUCCUAGCGAGACCCAAACUGUAGAAAUUUUUAUAUGGGUAUCUUAAUACACCAAAAAUUCGUUGUUAACUUUAAAAUCAUCUCUAAAAUUAUCAAAAAGUUCUAUAAAUCAAUAUCUGAAGUUUUAUAAUUUUUGAAAAUUUCAACCCGAAGAUCAUAGGAGUUUUUCAUGAUUAUAAUCAUGAUCUUUGAAUUCUCCAGGAUUUUUCGUGAUUUUAGACACCCAUAUUGAUAAGGUUUCGAGAAUAUAUAUAUUUUGGGACUCGCCAAGAAUUUUUUUUUGAAUUCAGAAUCUCAAUACAAUUUAAAUUAAAUCUUCAAAUCUCGCGAUUUUCGAUUAACAAUUUUUUUCAUUAAAAAAUUACGAGCUGGGAAUCCUCAGUCAAAAAAAACUUACAGGGUGAUUUCGGAGAUGUUAGUGGCCGUAAGAAACUUCGCGAAAACUUGGGAUGUAAAUCGUUCCGCUGGUAUUUGGAUAAUAUUUUCCCGGAACUUUUUGUACCAGGAGAUGCAAUUGCGAAAGGAGAGGUUAGUUCUUUUAUAUUUCUUUGCUUUUUCAUCCCCCAACUUCUAAAAUUUAAUAUUUCCAAAUUUUUCUUUAAUCAUUGUGAAAACGUGUUUGUGUCGAAAAAACUGUUCUUUUCUAACUUUUUUUUGGACGCAUGAUUUUUAUUUUAUCCUCAUUUAAUUUAAUUUCUUAUCACUAAUGCUUUUGGGUUCUUUUUUUUUGAAAAAAAAAUAUUUUAAAAUAUCAAGAGAUUGCCGCUGAAACUGACAAAGGUAUGUGCUGAAAAUGGAAAAAUGGAAAACUAGUUUUGUUGUUGUGUUCUUUUGCACCAGAUUUGUAUAGAUAGAGCAUGAGAAAAUAGAUUUUUGGCUGAAAAUUGCACCCUAUUCCCCACCCAAUCCACCCUGCACGAUAUUUUAAUUUAAUAGUUUUUAUCACCGAAAAGAGUGUGUUUUUUGACGACGACUAACAGCCACGUUUUUCACAUUUUUGUGAUUUUCACAGCAUUUCAAGAAGUGUUUUUUUAAUAAAUAAAAUUUCGACUCUAAUUUAGCGCUCAUGAAAAUCUGAAAUUUUUAAAUAAAAAAGUUUCUGUCAAAAUUAAAGGUGAUUUUUUCAUCGCCUCAUUCAAAAAUUAAAUUUUGGAAAAAAAAUCACCAGAAUUUUGAACUGAUUUUGAACCUAAAAAUCUAUUUGUUGAGUAGCUACUAAUUCAUUUUCGGAAUUUUCAGACAAAUUUUCAUUCCUAACUAACUUCAAAAAUGUCCCUUUUAAUCACCCACCAACAAAGUUUUUUACAAACUUCUUCUUCUUGUGUCAUUUUCUCUCUUGAUGUGUUUUGUUGUGUUUUAAAGGUUCGCAAUAAUGCGGUGAAACCUGCACGAUGUCUCGAUUGCAUGGUCGGAAGACACAAAAAGAACCAACCAGUCAGCACAUAUCAGUGUCAUGGUCAAGGCGGCAAUCAGGUAAACAAACACUUUUCUAUUUUUCUUUCCAUUCUAGUUACGACAACUCAAAUCGGCACAAUGUUUGGAUAGCGCAGUUGGAGAUGAAGUUGAGAAUAAGGCGAUUUCGCCUUAUCCUUGUCAUGAUCAGGGUGGAAAUCAGGUUUGGAAUUUGCAAUUGGAAAAAUGAUAAAACGAUGAUGGAAUAUGGAAAAAGUGGAGGAAAAGAGGAAUGAUAUAUGCACUCUUUAAAAACUGCUAAAACCCAAAUCUGAAAUUUAGAAACUUUUAUGUGUGCCAAAAUCAUUAAAUUUCAUAACAAUUCUGAAAAUCAGUACUAGAACCCAUUGAAAUUUAGAAAACCCAGAAUCUGAUAUUUUUGAACCGCUGAAAAUUUCAAAUCACAAUUCCCAGGCGUUUUCAAAUGUUCUUACUAUGAUUUUCGAACUCCCUGUAAUUUUUUGAUGAUUUUGAACACCCAUAUUAAUGUGGUUUCAAGAACUUUCGAAAAUUGGGUCCCACCACGUAAAUUCUAAAAAUCAUCAGAACUAUAUCAAUAUGGGUGUCUAAAAUCAUCAAAUGUCAUGUAGACCCUGAAAAUUAGCACUAGAACAAAUAAAAUAUUUUAGAACCUGCUAUCUGAAAGUAUUUCAACAAAAAAAUCAAUAUAAUUCACAUUUUCUUGUUGUUUGAGCACAUUGUUGUCAGGUGGUUGGAUCAUAUUUAUUUAUUUGUAAUAACUUCUAAUUUAUAUCAUUUUACUAUAUGUCAAAACAUCUAUGUUUAUCUCAUAUUCAUUUUUACUCCGAAAAUAGUCCCAAUUUAUAUCCCCCACCUGACCCUUCCCCUUUUUCUCAAUCUGCUCUCUCUUAGUUGCGAAAUGCUGGCGGCGGUUCUCGUCAAUGUGUCGAUUUUAAAAGUGGUGGCAAAAUUGGAAUGUAUGAAUGUCAUAAUCAGGGUGGAAAUCAGGUAUUUUCCCACUUUUCCUUCAUUUUUUUUCCAAAUUUUAUUCCGGAGUUUCAAGAAUCAGGAUGAGUUUUUUAUCGAUGGAAAUUGGAAUUUUCUUUAAAAAAUUUCAAGAUUUAGAAACAAUAUGAAAUUUUUUUGAUUUUUAGUAUUGGAUGUUGUCAAAAGAUGGAGAGAUUCGUCGAGAUGAAUCUUGUGUUGAUUAUGCUGGAAAUGAUGUUAUGAUAUUCCCGUGUCACGGAAUGAAAGGAAAUCAAGAAUGGUUGUAUGAUCAUGAGGUAUGAGACAGGAAGAGAAAGGUUUUGGGAAAUGGUUUUUAUUUCAAAAGGGAAUAAAACUAGAAAAAACCUUUGAAAUUAAGAAAAAAAAAAUUGAAAUUCAGAUUUUUCGUUUCAAAUUUUGAAAACUUCAGAAUUUCGGAAUUUUUAUCUGACAACAUUUGAUUUUUGUGAACAUUUGAUUUUAUCUCAAACUUGAACCUUCAGAGAUUUCGAGCAAAUUUUCACGAAAUAAAUUAACUAAAUUUUAGUGUUUAGAAAAAAUUCAUAUCUGGAGUUUUUCUCAAAAGCUUGGAAGUUCGGAAGUUUGUUUUUCAUAUUUAUUUUUUCAAACAAAUUAUUCACAUUUUAAAUUCACCGAAAAAAUAAAAACAAAAUUUCAGACGGGUCGAGUGCAACACGCAGUUUCCCAAAAAUGCCUAAGCAUGACACACGAUGGGGCAAAACUUCAAAUGUCUCAAUGUUCAUCUGAUGAUUUAUAUCAAAAAUGGAAAUUCAAAGAAUAUUCAGAUGAAAAAGCACGAGAAUAUAAUGCCAAAAAACCAUCUCGAUAG